CUUCCGGGAGUCGUCGGCUCCGCGGAGCGUACGGCGGAGGGGCACGGUGGCGCCCGCGGUGGCCCAGCGGCGGGGGCUCGGCCCCGGCUCGGCCCAGCGCGCCGCCGGCACGGCGCCAGUCACGGCUCUGAGGGCAGCGGGGCCGCCGCCCUGAGGUAAAUGCAUCCCCUCUGCUCUCCCCCGCAGCCAUCUCCUCGGGGAGCCGGUUCGUCUUUGGGCGCAGAACGGCGGUUCCGUCGGGCCCGGGCGAAGGACGAGGCGGGAAGAUUUCAUCAGAUAUGACUAUGUGAAUAUCCCAGUGUAGCCCAAAGGAAGGACAUGAUGUCAGAAUAACGUACAAAACAGUUGUGAGGGCAAGUCCAGAGAACCAUGCAGUCAUCGGGGCACAGGUUCCGUGAUGUUGAGCACCACCCACUUCUUGCUGAAAAUGACAGCUAUGAUUCCUCUUCCUCGGAGGCCGACAUGGCAGAGAGGGUUUGGUUCAUCCGAGAUGGCUGUGGUAUGGUCUGUGCUAUAAUGACAUGGCUUCUGGUUGUCUAUGCAGACUUCGUAGUGACUUUUGUCAUGCUGCUGCCUUCCAAAGACUUUUGGUACUCUGUGAUCAACGGUGUUCUCUUUAACUGCUUGGCAGUGCUAGCUUUGUCAUCACAUCUGAGAACCAUGCUAACCGAUCCAGGGGCUGUACCCAAAGGAAAUGCCACUAAAGAGUACAUGGAUAAUUUGCAACUAAAACCAGGAGAAGUGAUCUACAAAUGUCCAAAGUGCUGUAGUAUCAAACCUGAACGUGCACACCAUUGCAGCAUUUGCAAACGAUGUAUUCGGAAGAUGGAUCACCACUGCCCUUGGGUGAAUAACUGCGUGGGGGAGAAAAAUCAGAGAUUUUUUGUUUUGUUUACGAUGUAUAUAGCCCUAAUUUCAGCUCAUGCGCUCAUACUGUGUGGGUUUCAGUUUUUCUCCUGUGUCCGAGGGCAGUGGACUGAAUGCAGUGACUUCUCCCCACCUGUAACUGUGAUCCUGAUGAUCUUCUUGUGCCUUGAGGGUUUUCUGUUUCUCACUUUCACUGCAGUCAUGUUUGGCACCCAAAUCCACUCAAUAUGCAAUGAUGAAACGGAGAUUGAAAGACUGAAGAGUGAAAAGCCAACGUGGGAGCGGAGACUGCGAUGGGAAGGAAUGAAAUCUGUUUUUGGGGGUCAGCCUUCACUCCUAUGGAUCAAUCCUUUCGCAGGAUUUAGAAUCAGACAAAUUCUACUGAGAUCGAAGAAAGGAGGACCUGAAUUUUCUGUUUGAGACUAGUUAUGCUGGAACUUGCAAGAAUACUAUAUAAUAUUUAUUUGGGGCCAGAAAAGGCUGUCUACAUAUAAUCUGUGACCAGGUGAAACUGAUAUCAGACAUUUGCUUGUAGCAAGCAGAGUUUUAUAUGUUUAUCGUCACAGACAUCUCAUUAACUUUCAGAGACACAAACUGGAUCUGUAAUGGUCUUAACGGCAAGAUAACAUAGAAGAAACACGUGGUCACACUAAAGAAGCCAAAUGUUGUCAUGCUACUGUAAUUUAUUUUUUGAGAUUAAUUAUGCUUUUUUUUUUUUGUUAAACCCUUUUUAUUUGAUAAAAGUUUGGGGAAUUACCAGUGUGUUUUUAUAAAAAAAAAAAAAAAAAAAAAAAUUAUAUUCUUAAGUGCAGUUGUCAAUCAUAAGGAGAAGCAUUCUGGUGAAAGGUGAUCUCAAAUGAGACCCAGCCUUCUAAAUCCAGUUUUCAGGGAAUAACGGUUUGUUCAGUUUUGAUUUAUAUUUCAGCUUGUCCUAACAAACAGAGCUAUACUUUUGUGUCCCACCUCAGACACAUAUUCCUCAUAUGCAAGUGAUUCAAGGGACUUGUGCACACGACAGCAUAACAUGUCAGAGGCACUAUUACACCCCUGCCAAAUGUCUUCCCAGGCUCACAGAAGCAUGUCUUGUGUUCGGCAGUAUUAAUCUCAUGUGGCAUUUAGGUAAGUUCUAAAUCUUCAGUAAAUGACACUUUGAACAGCUGAGGGCAGCAUUCUGCCCUCAGAUAUGCAUCUCUGAUUCUUGUGCAUUGAUUCUAGAGGAACUUGGAAGCGUUCUGAAGUUUGUAUCUUGUCCUCUGAGCAGGGAUGGCUGGGGCCAGUGACUGUUAAAAUGAAAAAUACUGCAGAUUGGCAUCAAGUACAACACAUCUUCAAAGUAGGAAAAUCUGCAAUAAAAGGAAUUAAUUUGAGUUUCACCAUCUUCCAUGCAAAGAGAAGAGAGCAGUAUAGAUCUAGAACUGCUUUAUGUGGGCCUGACAAACAACAGUAGUGCUCAGAAAUGUUUGUAAGUCUCCAAGCAGCGAAAUGCAAAUUGCCAGUAAUGAAAUCUAACUACAAGUGGAUUCUUGGAAAAAUUAAAACUAUUUCUUGUUCUAUAAAUUAUUGACAAUAUAAAGGAUAAAACAGGAGCCUUGAUGCAUAGCUUGAAAUCGUGCCUAGAAAGUAAAUAGCUCCCUGAUCUGGGACUUGCCUUAAAACUGUCCUGUUCUUGCUUUUGCUUUGCAAGUUGCACUGAUGAUCUGUCCCACCUCAAGCAGUUCAGUGUGCUCAAGCAUCUUACGUAAGUUUACUUACUGCAGGAGUUGUACUUCCUUUUUUCAGUGACCUGCUUCUCCAUUUCUUUGUAGUAGUUUGUGGCAUCUCGAUUCACCAGGUUUUAUACCAUUGAGUGAGUGAACUUACUGAAGGGUCCGAGUGUUACCCAUGACCCUGCAAACAGAACUGUGCAAUACUGUGUAGUACGUUCACUUUGCUUGGUGGAGAUGGUGUGCAAGACUGGAGGGUUUCUGGGUGGACACAUCCAAUGAAAUUGCAGCCAACUGAACAAAGCUACAUGUCAUGCAGGUGAGGGGGAAGUCAGAAGUUCCACGAGAAUCUUUGCAUAUUCAGUUGCACAUCUUAAAUGCUGGGAAAAAAAAAAAAAUGUGUCUGGCUUUGUCAUGAGGCUCUCGAUGUGUAUAUUGUUUAAUAAAAUAUCCUGACGAAAAUCAGAAAAUAUCACUUCAAAUGGAUGAACUCUGUGACUUAGCAAGUGUGUGCGUGUGUGAAAUCAGGUUUACUUGGCUUUUCAAACCCUUGUUACGUUGUAAUUUUUUAAUGUAAAGAAAUAAAGUAAUUGAAGUCUUAAAGUUGAUUAA